AUGGCGACAACUUCUGUGGUGCCGGCGAAUCGUCGGCGAACGGUUAUCUCCAAUGAGGAUAUGGACUUUGAGACGACGGAAGGUGUGAAGGCGAUUGCAACGUUCGAAGGGAUGGGGAUAAAAGAGGAUUUGCUGCGUGGAAUCUACGCAUACGGUUUCGAGAAACCGUCUGCGAUUCAACAGCGUGCCGUUGCGCCUAUCAUUCAGGGACGUGAUGUUAUUGCUCAGGCGCAAUCUGGAACUGGAAAAACGUCCAUGAUUGCGCUUACCGUUUGCCAGGUUGUUGAUACGUCCGUCAGAGAGGUGCAAGCUUUAAUUGUGUCUCCAACAAGAGAAUUGGCUACACAGACUGAAAAAGUUAUAUUGGCUAUUGGAGAUUAUAUUAAUAUACAAGCGCAUGCUUGCAUUGGAGGCAAAAGUGUUGGAGAAGAUAUAAGGAAGCUUGAGCAUGGAGUUCAUGUGGUGUCUGGAACUCCUGGGCGAGUCUGUGAUAUGAUCAAAAGGAGAACAUUGCGCACAAGAGCUAUCAAGUUACUAGUUCUGGAUGAAUCUGAUGAAAUGUUGAGUAGAGGAUUUAAAGAUCAGAUUUAUGAUGUGUAUAGAUAUCUCCCACCAGAUCUUCAGGUUUGCUUGAUUUCUGCUACGCUACCUCAUGAAAUUCUGGAGAUGACAAACAAGUUUAUGACAGAUCCAGUGAGGAUCCUUGUAAAACGUGAUGAAUUGACAUUGGAGGGCAUCAAGCAAUUUUUUGUUGCGGUUGAAAAGGAGGAUUGGAAGUUUGAUACUCUGUGUGAUCUUUAUGAUACUCUCACCAUCACUCAAGCUGUUAUAUUCUGUAACACCAAGCGAAAGGUGGACUGGUUAACUGAAAAAAUGCGUAACAAUAAUUUCACCGUCUCAUCAAUGCACGGUGACAUGCCUCAAAAAGAAAGAGAUGCAAUUAUGGGAGAAUUUCGUGGUGGAACAACCCGAGUAUUGAUAACAACUGAUGUUUGGGCUCGUGGCCUUGAUGUACAACAGGUUUCUCUAGUUAUUAAUUAUGACCUUCCAAAUAAUCGAGAGCUGUACAUUCAUCGGAUUGGUCGUUCUGGACGUUUUGGGCGAAAGGGUGUUGCAAUAAAUUUUGUUAAAAGCGACGAUAUCAAGAUCUUGAGAGAUAUUGAGCAAUAUUACAGUACCCAGAUUGAUGAGAUGCCAAUGAAUGUUGCUGAUCUUAUAUAA